UYUCAAGCAAAAUAUUCAUUUGAAUUAUUACUAAAAACCUAAUUCUCGUGGUGAUGGUAAACUGAUCGCUGUUAGAAGAUAAGAAGUUCGUGUACUGGUUCAUUAGCCAUGGUUUUGUUGAAUACUGGGAAGAGAAAAGGAGAAGAUGGCAGUACGAGCAAAGAUCAAGGAUCGAAGAAAAACUACUCCAAAUAUGAUGAAAGUCAAUCAGCAGAGUCUAGAAUGGUCAGGAUCCAGACUCAAGAAGCGAUGGACAUCAAGUAUGGCUUUGAAAAACAUAAAGAGUCAAGUGAACGACUUGGCUGGCUCAUCAACAUGCAUCCUACUGAAGUUCUUGAUGAUGAUAAGAAGCUGAUUAGUGCAGUGGAUUUGUACUUUAUACAAGAAGAUGGUGAUCGCUUUAGGAUUGCCUUACCUUUUAAGCCUUAUUUCUACAUACUUGCUAAGAAGGACACUGACAGAGAAGUAGCAACAUACCUUAAUAGAAAAUAUGGAGGAACAAUUGCAAAAAUAGAAAAUGUUCAGAAAGAAGACCUUGAUUUGGCCAACCACCUGGUAGGACUCAAAAGAAACUACAUCAAGCUUUCUUUUCACAAUGUAAAUGACCUCAUGAAAGUGAAACGUGAAAUCAUGCCUGCAGUGCGCAAGAAUAAAGAGCAAGAGAAGGCCAAUGCUACCUACAAUGUUAUGUCAGCACUUAGUGAUAUUGACAUGGAAACUAACAAGAAGAUAGCCGACCAGAAAGAAAAUAUCAUAGAUAUAAGAGAGUUUGAUGUCCCAUACCACGUGCGUGUAGCUAUUGACCUGAAGAUCCAUGUAGGUCACUGGUACAAUGUGAAGGUACGAGGUGGUAUGUUCCCAGAGCUGAACCGAAGAGAUGACCUACUGGACAGACCUGAUCCUGUUGUAUUGGCAUUUGAUAUUGAAACAACCAAGCUUCCCUUGAAAUUUCCUGAUUCAGCUACAGACUCUAUAAUGAUGAUAUCAUACAUGAUUGAUGCACAGGGUUACCUGAUAAUCAAUCGUGAGAUAGUUUCAGAAGAUAUUGAGGAUUUUGAAUACACACCUAAGCCUGAGUAUGAAGGGCAGUUCACAGUCCUCAAUGAGCCUGAUGAGGCUUCAUUGAUACAAAGAUUUUUUGAACACAUACUUGAAGUAAAGCCAAAUAUCUUUGUCACAUACAAUGGAGAUUCCUUUGAUUGGCCUUUUGUAGAGGCUCGCGCAGCCCAUCAUGGCAUAAACAUGCUGGAUGAGAUUGGAUUUAGUGCGGACUCUCAAGGAGAGUAUAAAUCAAGGCCUGCAAUACACAUGGAUGCAUUUAGGUGGGUGAAAAGAGACAGUUAUCUCCCAGUUGGAAGCCAGAACCUAAAAGCAACAACAAAGGCUAAGCUAAGGUAUGAUCCUAUUGAGCUAGAUCCUGAAGAGAUGUGUCGUAUGGCAAGUGAACAGCCUCAGGAGCUUGCCAACUACUCUGUGUCUGAUGCUGUGGCUACAUAUUACUUGUACAUGAAAUAUGUCCAUCCGUUCAUCUUUGCUCUUUGUACUAUCAUCCCACUGGAACCUGAUGAGGUGCUGAGAAAAGGUUCUGGUACUCUGUGUGAGGCACUACUAAUGGUACAGGCAUUCCAUGUCAAUAUUAUCUUCCCAAACAAACAAGAGCAGGUAUUCAAUAAACUGUCUGAUGAUGGCCAUGUGUUGGAUUCAGAGACCUAUGUUGGUGGACAUGUUGAAGCUAUUGAAUCUGGUGUAUUCAGAAGUGAUAUUCCCUGUAGAUUCAGAUUAGUUCCUGAAGCAUUCCAGAGACUGAUUGAUAAUGUAGAGAAAACAAUGAGGCACACAAUUGAAGGAGAAGAGAAAAUUCCUAUGGACACUGUGACCAACUUUGAUGAGACAUGUGAUGAUAUCAAAGGAAAAUUAGCAGCCCUCAGAGACACUCCAGCACGUCUUGAGAAUCCCAUGGUCUACCAUCUUGACGUGGGUGCUAUGUACCCUAACAUUAUCCUCACUAACAGAUUACAGCCGUCAGCCAUGGUUGAUGAAGCAACAUGUGCGGCCUGUGAUUUUAACAAACCUGGAGCCAGGUGUCAGAGAAAAAUGAUGUGGUCCUGGAGAGGAGAAGUCAUGCCUGCUUCACGAAGUGAAUACCAAACAAUAAAACAACAACUGGAAGUUGAAAAAAUCCCUGGCUUGAAACCAGGAGAUCCCUACCGUACAUUCCAUUCACUUACUCCUGCUGAACAAGCACAGUUAGAAAAGAAAAGACUAGGAGAUUACUGCCACAAAGCUUACGGCCGAACCCGUGUCACAAAACUAGAGGAACGACAGACUACUAUCUGUCAGCGUGAAAACUCUUUUUAUGUUGACACUGUCAGAGCAUUCAGAGACCGAAGAUAUGAGUUUAAAGGUCUUCUCAAGGUAUGGAAACGAAAGCUUGGUACAGCAACCCAGAAUGGCGAUCCUGAAGAAAUCAAAAGCUGUAAAGCCAAAGAAGUUCUAUAUGAUUCACUACAACUUGCUCAUAAAUGUAUCCUCAAUUCAUUUUAUGGUUACGUCAUGAGAAAAGGGGCCCGAUGGUAUUCCAUGGAGAUGGCAGGAAUCGUGUGUUACACUGGUGCCAACAUUAUCACACAAGCAAGGGAGAUUGUAGAACAAAUAGGGCGUCCUCUUGAGUUGGAUACUGAUGGUAUAUGGUGUAUUUUACCAGCGAGUUUCCCAGAGAACUACCAGGUUAAGACGACUAAUCCAAAGAAGAGCAAAGUCACCGUUUCUUAUCCUGGUGCCAUGCUAAAUAUCAUGGUUAAGCGGCACCUACGACAAAGCCCUACUACUAAAUUUAAUGUUCAGUUAUAUGCUGUGUUCAAUGAUGACGGCUCUCUGGCAGAGUUGAAAGGUUUUGAGGUGAAGCGCAGAGGAGAGCUACAGCUGAUCAAGAAUUUCCAGUCAUCAGUGUUUGAACAGUUUCUUCAGGGUAGCAAUCUGGAGGAAGUGUAUAAUUCAGUAGCGAAGGUAGCAAACUUCUGGCUUGACGUACUCUACAGUAAGGCCUCAAACAUGCCAGACUGCGAGCUGUUCGAACUCAUCUCAGAGAAUCGAAGUAUGUCUAAAACACUGGAAGAAUACGGAUCACAAAAGUCUACAUCCAUCAGUACCGCCAAGAGACUUGCUGAAUUCCUCGGUGACCAGAUGGUCAAAGACAAAGGCAUUAGCUGUAGAUUUGUCAUAUCAAGAAAGCCCGAAGGAUCUCCAGUAACAGAAAGAGCCAUUCCGUUAGCCAUAUUCCAAACUGAAGACGGCGUGAAGAAGUAUUAUCUGCGGCGAUGGUUGAAGGAUGCCGCGAUGGUUGACUUCGAUAUCAGGGAGAUCCUUGAUUGGCAGUAUUAUAUCGAGAGGCUAAACAGCGCUAUACAGAAGAUUAUUACUAUACCUGCUGCUUUGCAAGGGGUUAGUAAUCCAGUUCCUCGCUGUGCUCACCCCCCUUGGUUACACAAGAGACUGCUGGAAAAGAACGAUGUAUUCAAGCAGCAGAAGAUUAGUGAAAUGUUUACCAGGCUCCCCAAACAGAAGCAACACGAAGAGAUAGAUGAUGGAUCUAGCCCCACACCUAGUCCCGGUCAAAUUACUGACAUCGAAGACAUGGGGUCUGGCACUAGACCCAAUGGUUCAUUGAGACCAAUGGCCACCAAACGAAAACGUUGUCAAAUGGAGGCGGAAGUUGAUACCAGCCAGAAUCAGUCUACUUCAAGCAAGAAGACUACUAAUGAUGUGGAUCUCAGCAAAUCAUGGAGGGAGGUUCUUGGUGAACAACCCGAGUGGGGACCAUCCAAGGAAGAAAAAGAUGCUUGGGUGUCCUUCCAUAAGAAGAAAUGGGAAUAUCAAUCGAAACAAAGAGCAGAACGUAAACGAUUACGUCAGGAAGCCAACAACAUGGGAAUGUCAUUAGGUGUACGUGGCGGAGGGUCCAAGACAGGAAUGACGUCAUUCAUCAGACAGCAGGCCAGGUCACUUUUGAAUACUCCUUGGCAGAUUGUACAGAUUGCAGAAACUUCAUCUCCUGGUGUUUUCAAGGUCUGGGCUCUGAUUGGUUCAGACCUUCACACUGUUAAAGUCAACGUGCCUAGAAUAUUUUAUGUCAACAGCAGAUGCGCAAAGGAAGAAGAAGAGGGAACUAUCUGGCGGCGUGUGUCCAAGACGUUACCCAGGUCACACCCUGCUAUCAAUCUGUACCGGUACUUGGUAUCAGAAGACAUUUAUAGAGAGCAUUCAAGCGAACUUUUUACAGAUUUGUCUUCCCCAGACAUCGAAGGAAUCUACGAGUCACAGGUUCCUUUGAUUACAAGGGCUUUGGUAAAGCUCGGAUGUGUGAGUGCUGCUAAUAAAACGUUUGCCAGGAUCAGCGAUGGACGGGACUUAGACGUCUUCGAGCUUGAUCAGCUUGAAUUCAAGACUCUAGCAGAGUGCUCAUACCUUGAAAACUAUAGUCUGAAGACCAUCUACCUCUACCAAAGCCAAUCUGACAAUCGAGCCAUGAUUGGGGUCUUCAUCCCAGGAUCCAAGAAGGCAUCGGUUUUUGUACUGGACUCAGUUCGUAACAAUCAAAUGCCGAAUCUAUCAUCGAUGUAUAAUACUGAAAGAUCCGCAAAAGAGAAGAACACUGAAGAAGGGGAACCUCUUUCAUUACCUCCAGAGAACCACACCUUUGAGAUACGAGUCGACACCAACCCCAGACAGGCUUACAGAGCAGUACAGCGGUUGUUGGUUGGAUACAAAGAAGAGAAAAGCGGUCCAACUAUGAUUCUGGUCCAGUCCGCGAUGGAUUUAAAUCACCUUACGUCUUCCAUUCCAAUCUUGAAUGACUUCCCAUUGGUUCCUCUGCCUUAUAGUGACAGUGAUACACGUUACAAUGUUCUUGACUGGCAGCGACAUGCAUCAAGACGAAUGAUCAAGCAUUAUUUAGAAGUGGACCUAUUCUUCCAGGCUCAGUUAGAGAACGCACGUUACUUCCACGUCCCUGUUGGCAACAUCCCCAUGGAUGCCACUCUGUUUGCCGCCGAUCUGUUUUAUGCACGUCACUUACAGAAACAUGGACACUUGUUGUGGAUGUCUCCAACAGACAGACCAGACUUGGGAGGAAAAGAAGAGGAUGAUAAUAGACUCAGUCUCCUAACCGACGAAGCAGAAUCCAUGGAAUUUAACAGUCCCGGAUGUUACCCAACUGUCUGUGUAGAACUGUCUAUUGAUGGUCUGGCUGUCAAUACUAUUUUACAGUCCGCACAUAUCAAUGAUUUUGAAGGUGCUUCAGGUACAGGAAUAAGCUUCGAUAACAUCCCACAGGCGUCGUUAGAGGAGCUGGUACAAGGAGGUCAGGCAGCUGCAGGACUAACCACAUACGAUGAAGCUGCUCUGUGUUCUAGUGCUUUUAGGAUUCUGAAAGGGAUGAUUCAUAGCUGGCUGCAUGAAGUAUCUGCUUACCAGAACCAGUACGCAGAUGCACAACUGAUGCACUUCUACAGAUGGCUUUCUUCACCUUCCUCUCUCCUGUACGACCCAGCUCUAUGUCGAAUGGUCCAAAGAAUGAUGAAAAAAAUGUUCUUACAGCUGGUUGGUGAGUUCAAACGUCUUGGUUCUACCAUGGUUUACGCUAGCUUCAGCAAGAUCAUUAUUUGUACCAAAAAGAGAAGUGUUUCUGAUGCUCUUGCCUACGUUGAGUUCAUCCUAAAGAGCAUCCAAUCAAAAGACCUGUUCCAUAGUAUCGACAUCGUCCCUACGUCAUGCUGGGAGUUUCUCAUGUGGCUCGAUCAGGCUAAUCAUGGCGGGGUGCGUGGUAAACUACCAACAGGUGCGGAGGAGAAUGGUGAUACAGGUGGCGAUAGCGAAGAUGAGAUACAAGGAACUCCUGAAAAUAACAAUGUUCACGAAGAGCCCCAGAUUGAAAUGAACUGGAACAUCGGUAAAUACCUUCCUUCCGGUGCGUCGUGUCAGAAUUUCUUUCAGAUUGUUAUAGCUGGUCAUAUCCAUGCCAUGUAUAAGCAUUCAUCGGAGGAACGCCGUACUGUUCAGCCAGGUACCACACCAAUACGUCGAAGAGGAGGAAGCAGUCAAUCGCAGAAAACUGUGCAAUCAUCUGCCACACCUAGCCUUGUAACGUUCGCACAGGAACGAAUCCAGGGGGAACUGACGCAACAACUCUUCUCGAUAACUCAGAAGAUCCAGCAUACCUUAUCUGGAGACAGAUCAUCCAAUAAGGACCCUAGUUCAGAGUUUCCUGUUUUACCUGGCUCGUAUUUACCUCUCAAUAACCCUGCACUUGAGUUUGUCAAGUACAUAUGUAAGGUACUAUCAUUAGAUCCCAAUACACUACAUCAAGUCAAUAAACUAAGGCGUGAUCUGCUCAAGUUGAUUGGUGUCGGUGAAUUCUCAGAAGAAGCCGCCUUCAAAGAUCCAUGCCUUUCCUUUGUUUUACCAGAGGUAAUAUGUCAGUUUUGCAAUGCUUGUCGUGAUCUGGACCUUUGUCGGGAUCCUUAUAUCGUACCAGCCGAUGGAAAUAACUCUGCCUCGUGUCACUGUCCAAACUGUCAAAAUGAAUAUGACAUGGACGCUAUCGAGCACCAGUUAAUCUCUGCAGUACAGAAAAGAUCAAUGGCGUACGUGUUACAAGACCUAAAGUGCGCCAAGUGUAAAGGGAUUAAAGACGCCAAUAUGUCAAAAUAUUGUAAAUGUGCUGGAGGAUUCACCUUAACUUUGCCAUUUGCCGAAUUUACUGAGAAAAUGAAGACCUUUAAAAACAUAGCAAGGCACUACAACAUGACACUUCUGCAAGAUACUGUUGAAUGGAUUAUCAGUGGAAACCCUCAAAUGGGGCAUUGAAAGAAAAUGCAAACAAAAAAAUGAAUAGCAAAUCAGACAAGUUAUUAUUGAAAAGGGAUAACCCGCAGAACAAUGUAUUUAUCAUGGAAGGUACAAAGAAAACCCAUUGAAAAAUGACGAUCAAGAAUGAAAAGCCGGUUAUGAAUGCAGAUAAUAGAAGAGCUGUUUUGGAAGUGUGUGACAGACAGACAAAUAGACAGACAAGAGCGGAGGGAUCCUAGUGUACAAUGGCUGAACACUGGAAGUUCACUGGUUUUAAAACAUGAAUUUCAGUAUAUUUUGGUUGAUCGCCAGCAAUUUAUUGCAGAUGUGUUCUUGUACACAAUUUCUAAUGUUUAAAAUUAUAAUCAACUGGUAAAAAUAUGCCGGGUUCACAAAGAAUUACUAAAACCUUUAUUCUUCGACGUCUAUUAAUAACUUUUGACAAAUAGCAGUGAUGUAUAUAAGUAACAUUUUUUUUGUCAAUAAAAUCCUAGUAAUCUUU